AUGGGCGGCACGGAGAAACGGUGCGCGAAAACGCGGAGAAAACUCUCGAUAGAAACCAAGAAAGAAAUCAUUGCAAAGAGAGAAGGUGGUCGGAAGAUUUCGGAUUUAGCGUCAGAAUACAGAGUCAACAAAUCAACGAUCGCCACCAUCAUCGCGAAUCGCGAAAAAGUAGCUGGUGUACACGCAGGAAAAGGUGUGGUGCAGAUUUGCUCUGAGAAGCAGCGAUCUCCGAGGCUGGACGAGGUCGAGAAUCUGUUGCUAUUGUGGAUCACGGAAAGGCAGAUGCGAGGAGAUGUCCUGUCGAGAGACAUGAUUUGUGAGAAGGCGAGGCUGAUUUUCGAAGGAUUGACUGUGAGCUCUAUGAGCGGAGAUGCCGACGCCGAGCGUCGGUUCCAAAGCGAGCCGAGGUUGGUUCGCCGGUUCCGAAAGAUGGGAGUACAUCAUGUGAAAUGUCACGGUGAAGCAGCCAGCGCUGAUAGUGCGGGCGCUGCUGCGUUCGCCAAGGACUUCCAAGCGUUGAUAGCAGAGGAAGGAUAUUUGCCGGAACAGGUGUUCAAAUGCGAUGAGACGGGUCUCUUCUGGAAGAAGAUGCCCAACAGUACUUUCACAACCGGAGAGCAGACGACGGUACCAGGACGUAAAAUGAUGAAAGAAAGACUGACAUUGCUCUUGGGAGCUAGUGCCAGCGGAGAUCUGAAGUUGGAGCCCUUGUUAGUGUACCACUCCGAGAAUCCGAGAGCGUUCAAGAAGCAUCGCAUACAAAAAUCUAAUCUUCCGGUUUUUUGGAAAUCUAAUCGGAAGGCCUGGGUAACGCAAACAAUUUUCAAGGAGUGGGUGCUAAAAGUCUUCGCACCUAGCGUGAAGAAGUUUUUGCGCCAAUCAUGUUUGCCAAUGAAAGCUCUACUGGUACUGGACAACGCCCCGGGACACUCGAAAGAUCUCGACGAGGAGCUCCGCUCUGAAUACGAGUUCAUCAAGGUGUGCUAUCUGCCACCGAACACGACGUCCGAGCUGCAACCCAUGGACCAGAACGUGAUCGCGACUUUCAAGAAGCUUUACACAAGGAGUUUGAUGAGGCGUUAUUUCGAGGCCUGCGAAGAGAAUCCUCUGAUGGAUCUGAAGUCUUUUUUGGCGUGA